GAUAGUGGUCACUGAUGAGGAGAGAGAAUGGUGGGUCGCCGGAGACAUCACCUGGAUUGUGGCUAGGAUCCCUCUACGAGGGUCGCGGCUAGAGGGACAGGAUGCCCGGGGGGAGGAGAGGCUUGGUCGCUCCACAAAACACCUUCCUGGAAAACAUCAUCCGCAGGUCCAGCUCACAACAUAGCAGUUUCCUAUUGGCCAACGCACAGAUAGUAGAUUUCCCCAUAGUGUACUGCAACGAAUCGUUCUGCAAGAUCUCUGGUUACAAUAGGGCAGAGGUGAUGCAGAAGUCGUGUCGCUGUACGUUCAUGUACGGAGAACUGACUGACAAGGAGACCAUCGCGAGGAUCGAUGAAGUCCUAGAGAACCAACUGCACGACCAGUUCGAGAUCCUCCUCUACAAGAAAAACAAGACCCCACUAUGGCUCCUACUCCAGAUAGCUCCAAUCAAGAACGAGCGAGACUUGGUAGUCCUGUUCUUGCUCACGUUCCGGGACAUAACUGCGUUAAAGCAGCCCAUCGAGACAGAAGACACCAAGGGAGUGGACAUGUUGCCAGGACUGAGCAAGUUCGCCAAGCUGGCUCGCUCGGUGACUCGCAGCCGGAGCGUCCUGGUCUCGCAGUUCUCGUCCCAUCUGCCCAUCAAGGACACCGCCAAGCAGUCACACCUAGCGCAUGUAAGGUCCACACUAGACCUAGCGCCAAUGAUGAGUCUCAGUGCAGACGUGAUGCCUCAGUACCGUCAGGAGGCUCCCAAGACCCCACCCCACAUCCUGUUACACUAUUGCGCCUUCAAAGCCAUCUGGGACUGGGUCAUCCUGUGCCUAACCUUCUACACUGCCAUCAUGGUCCCGUACAACGUAGCGUUCAAGAACAAGACUUCCGAAGACGUCUCGCUGCUCGUGGUCGACUCUAUCGUCGACGUCAUCUUCUUCAUCGACAUAGUCCUCAACUUCCACACGACGUUCGUCGGCCCCGGCGGCGAAGUGGUUUCCGACCCGAAAGUGAUCCGGAUGAACUAUCUCAAGUCGUGGUUUGUCAUUGACCUCCUCUCCUGCCUUCCGUACGACGUAUUCAACGCGUUCGACCACGACGAAGACGGUAUCGGCAGUUUGUUCAGCGCACUGAAGGUGGUCAGACUGCUGAGGCUGGGCAGAGUAGUCCGUAAGCUAGACAGAUACUUGGAAUAUGGAGCUGCCAUGUUGAUACUACUCCUGUGCUUCUACAUGCUGGUAGCUCAUUGGCUGGCAUGCAUCUGGUACUCCAUAGGUCGGUCAGACGCUGACAACGGUGUUCAAUACUCGUGGCUGUGGAAGCUGGCGAAUGUGACACAAGCACCGUACAGCUACAUAUGGAACAACGACUCGACACAACCAUCGCCUGAGCUGAUCAACGGCCCUUCUCGCCGCACCAUGUACGUCACUGCGCUCUACUUCACCAUGACUUGCAUGACCAGCGUGGGGUUUGGCAACGUCGCCGCGGAAACUGACAACGAGAAGAUAUUCACCAUCUGCAUGAUGAUAAUAGCAGCUCUACUGUACGCCACCAUCUUUGGUCACGUGACUACCAUCAUACAGCAGAUGACGUCGGCCACUGCCAAGUACCAUGAUAUGCUCAACAACGUGCGAGAGUUCAUGAAACUCCACGAGGUUCCAAAGGCUCUGUCGGAAAGGGUGAUGGACUACGUAGUCUCUACGUGGGCGAUGACAAAAGGACUGGACACAGACAAGGUGCUCAACUACUGUCCCAAAGACAUGAAGGCAGACAUUUGCGUCCACUUGAAUCGCAAGGUGUUCAAUGAGCACCCUGCGUUCCGGCUGGCGAGCGACGGUUGUCUGCGAGCGCUGGCUAUGCACUUCACCAUGAGUCACUCGGCUCCUGGGGAUCUUCUGUACCACACUGGGGAGAGUAUAGACUCGCUCUGCUUCAUAGUCACUGGCAGCCUUGAGGUCAUCCAGGAUGAUGAGGUCGUUGCCAUUCUCGGCAAGGGGGAUGUUUUUGGAGAUUCGUUUUGGAAGGACUCAGCAGUAGGCCAGUCUGCAGCUAAUGUCAGAGCUCUAACCUACUGCGACCUUCAUACUAUAAAGCGGGACAAACUACUGGAGGUGCUUGACUUUUACCAAGCCUUCGCCAACAGCUUCGCACGCAACCUCCUACUCACAUACAACUUGAGACAUAGGCUGAUAUUUAGGAAAGUCGCUGAUGUGAGAAGAGAGAAAGAGUUGGCAGAGAGGCGGAAAAACGAACCUCAGCUAGAUCAGAACCAAGACCAUCUCGUGCGUAAGAUAUUCUCCAAGUUCCGCAGGGACCGAGCUCUGCAGGCGCAAGCUUCACAAUCACAGAGUCCGGUGGGCGGGGAUGUGGAGAAGGGUGACAAGAGUGACGCUCCUAGUGACAGUAGUCUGGCAGAGAAGCGACACUCGAUCUGUGCGGCCAAGUUGUCCAGUGUGAUGGAGGCCGACAGUGGCAGUAGCUCGUCAGCCUUGGUGCCGAUGCAAAAGUCUACAGCUCGGCCCACCACAGUGAGGGCCAGCAAGUGGGGGCGACUGCUCGGCUCCAGCCUGGACUCUGGCAGUGAGACUACGGCCACUAGCUCACGACCCGCCUCGGGACGAGAAUCCCCCGCCAAGUCUUCUGGCUCAGGAAAUGGAAACGGCUCUUCUGGUGGUUCGGGCAACAAAGUGUUCCCCAAACUUCAAAAAGUCACUGCGGCCGGGAGUGUAGGCCCUGCUCAGGUGACUCGACAGGACACCAUUGAGGAAAUCGUCGAAGUCGAGGAUAGACAGAGAAUGUCAAAUUUACGCAAGUUUGAUUCGUACGAUAGCGGUAUUAUUCGUAGUGAUCAAAAACUGAACGAAACUUUUAGGCCUCCACCCGCGGGAACUCCGGCGGAGUAUAAAGAGAUUAUGACGAACAUUAUGGAUUUUAAAGUGGACGUCAAAUUAGAAGUUCAACGGUUAAACCAGAAGAUCUCUAGGAUGGAAGAGAUGUUGAGUGAAGUGCUGUCUCGGCUCGGCUCCACGAGUCCUUCCUCGGCUUCCCAAGGACCUGAGUCAGGGCCAGAGGGUAGCGCUAGGUCCCGUCCACAAAGUUCUGGUGAAACCGGGAGUGUUAUUUUGCGGAAAAGACGGUCAAAAUCGAGGACAAAAGCGGCUGCCCCUGCCGCACCUGUGACCAGGACUUCUGACCCGGAGGGUGACCCGGCGCCCUCCUCCCCUCCACCGCAGCCUCCCCCCACCUCCCACUCUGCUCCUGGUAGAAUCGAUGAAGAAACUGUUAAGAGGCCUUAUCCAAGGAGACCCAGAGAGUUUCUAUAGCAUUAGCUUUAAUAUGAUCACAAAGGUCACUUUUAGUUUUUCACUUGUAAAACACCAUGUGAUCAUGACAUGCCAUUGUUCAGCUCUCUGCUUUACAAGAUAAAUACGUUUCAAACGCUGUAUCAUUGUUACCUCAUAACUAAAUAUAUUUGUCGAUACCAACAUUUUAUUUUUUUAUUUUUUAUAUUGAUACUGAUACCUAAAAACUUGAUUAUAUACCGUUAUUUAAAUUUUUUUUGUAAUAAUUCGUUUGGGUAGUGGGGUGGGGUGCAUAAUCACUUUCUUCCGCGAUCGUCAACCAAUUCUCAACAUCUCUAAGCAGUUACAGAAACAGCUUCAUUGCCAGCCUUGAUCGAGACAAAAUCAUGAACAUUUUCUUCGGCCGUACAUUUUGUUACCCUUAGAUCUACUAAUUCUUUUAGGCUAUUUGUGAAUUAGUUAAUGGAGGAAAACAAUUUGCUAUAAACAUAAAGAAGUUUUUUUUUUUUAUUUUACUAUAUAAUUUAACAUUAUUACCGUUUAAAAUAUUUAUAAUGAACCUAAUUGUUACUCUAACCUGUGUUUUAAAGUUUCGCCUUCAAAAUUACAUGGUGUUUUAACACGUGCUCUUUUUUGUAAUAAUUCACAAGAUCCAUAUUUGGAAUUUAAACUCCAACAAUUGCCUAUAAUAUAGAAAUAAAUUAAGAGUCAAUUUUCAUUCUUUCAGGAGAAGUAAAAGUAGAAAAGCCAUUGUUAGAAUACUUAAUUAAUUAUUUGGACAAUAUGCUUGUGAAUUCAGGAACAGAAUUUGUGAGUUCAUGCUUAGGAUCAGUUUGAUGAAUGUUUAUAAUUUUAUUUAUUUGCUUCCAUUUAAGCUUUUUGUACUACUUCAACAUCUCAGAAAUGAUUACUUAAGAGUAAUGAAUUAUUUAAUAACGUACUAAUACUUUAUUCUAGCUUGAACAAAUUUGUAUUCAAUUAGUUUUGUAUAGGGGUAGUAAAAAAAAGUAUUACUAUAGCAUUGACUAAGUUCUAACCAUAAAAGAUUUUUAUAACACUAGAAUACAUCACACUCUGGUUAGAUCCAAACAGUUUCCAGUUCUAAAAAUAGCGAAUAUUUUUCAUAUAAAUUCUUGUUUCUUAUUUCGAGGCAUGGUUUUGGUCAGUACCUUAAAAGGUAUUUAUAAAUUGCUAACUUUAAUUAAGUUGGGAUAUAAAAUAAACUCUUAAAACUAAAUUAAACAGAGUGGCUGAUAACAAUCCAAGGAGCAAACAAUUUAAAAAUCCAAUUGCCCGAUAAUUUUGUUGACAUUAAAAUGAUAAUAAAAUAAAACAAUUUUAUACAAAUACUUAUAGGCUAACAUCUUAAAAUACAAAAUGUAAAAAAAAAAAAUACUAAUUUGAGGUAAUCUUAUAGUAAAAAUUUAAGAUUUUUGAGCUAUUAAACGAUUUAUGUUUCAUGAUGCCCUUCAUGGAUAUACAAAUCAAGAUAAUCUUUUUUUUUAAUUUCUAGUACCUUUUUUGUUAUUUGUUUAAAUGGUUAAAAUUGAUAAAGUUAAUAACUGCUACUACAUGUUAAAAAUGUCUACGCUUUGACAAUAACUGAAUUGAUGUUCAAAAGCAAUAAUAAAUGUAUUGGAGAAAAUAGCCAGUGACUACAUUAAACUAAAUAAAUCAACCUAGCAAAACCUAUCUUGUCUGCGUCCCAAGUAGCACCACAAUAUUGUUAAAAUAUUGAAACAAUGUUGAUUGACAUUGCCAAAAAUAUUGUUUUUUUUUCAUGAUGGGUUAGCCUCUGGAUUGAAAAUUGCAAUAUAAAAAGGUUUACGUUCCCUUUUGUGUCAAACGAUCCUUGAUGUAGUAACGCUAACUACAGCAGUUUCAUGCCGCUGGGCGGUAUGAAACAACUGUAGUUAUCACUUACUACAUCAAGGAUCGUUAGACGCAAAAGGUAACUUAAACCAUUUUAUAUUUAAUAUUGUUUUAAAAUUACAACACUAUUUUCCCAAUAUUGAUCAACAAUUUUUUUGCAACAACAUUGAAAUAUGUUGUGGAAAAAAGUAACAAUAUUGUUAUCAUAUUGAUCAAUAUUGGGACAAUAAUGAAACAUUUUCAAUAUUGAGAACAACAUUGAGACAAUAUUGGUAUGUUACUUGGCUAGGGGGUUGAAAAUUUUAGAUUUUUUUCAUGAAGUGUUUUAUACAAAAUGCAUUCCAUUAUCACAAAGCUUUGACUUGCUUACGAUCGUUUUGUGCCUCAGCAUAAAAUACCACCUGCAAAGGUAAAGACAGCUUACGACUACGUAAGUCUCUGAAACUAUGGGAGCAAUUCACGUAUUGUGCGACUUCACCUAUUUUAGCUUCUUUACUAUUCUAGUCAAAAUUGUACAAAUUUAAGGUAGAACUAUUAACGAUUUCGAUAGCAAUAUGGUAUGAGGUCCAGUAUGGUUAAGUGUCGAGAAUCCCCUGUAGUUGAUGUGCUGUUAAAGUUACCGUUUCAUUUGUGAAAUACCUUGUUCGGGAUAUAUAACUGUUAUUUAAUUGUUGUGUAUAUAACUGAAGUAUAAAUAAUGUAUAGUUGUGUUGUAAACAUGUAAAAGAUUUUUACAUAAUUUACUACUUGUGUUAGAUUUUUCUAGAUAAAAUUCAUUCAAAUAGACUUUUGUUCUCGUUAAUUGAUGAAACAUUCUCUUAUUAUUUAGCAAAGCUUUUACUCAAAUAAAUAAACUAUAUUUCAGUUAAAAUUUUGAGUCGGUUAAAUCAAUUUUUGUUGCUGAAUACAUUAGAACCUCAAUAACAAGUCUCGCAAGGGGAUUAUUGAAAAAGACUUGCGACUUCUUAUCGAGGUUAGCAAUAACAAGUGCUUUGGAGUACUUAACACGAAAUCAAAGGUAUUUGAAAAUAACACUUUUUAUCAAGGCUGACUUGGUAUUAAUGUUCUAGACAUUUUUUCUACGGCUUUUAUAAGAAAUGUUUGCAAGACAUAAUCAAUGAGUCUACUUUUCUUCCUUUUUUUAACAGCACACCAAGAAAGCCGUCAUAGUAUUAAGAAGUUGUACUAGUGAAGGAAUUGUGAGUUGCAAGGUCCAUUGAGAUAUGCAACAUUAUCUUGUUGCAAUUAGCAUUCCAUUUAUUUGUAGGGUUAAUUUUGUAGCCGUUUUUGUUAAAAGUAUAUUGUAAAUAUUUAUAAAUACAAAUUAUAAUAUAAUGUAAGUGUUUUAUAGUGGUUAGGAAAUUCAUGAUUUACAUGAAGUGAACAUUCUUGGGAGUUUUGAGGUGUAAUGAAAUACAAUUUGUUCCUAAAGUACCAGACUGUUUAUUAAAAAUGUAAGAGGUUUUAAAAAUGUUUGAAUUAAAAGACAUUAGUUUGAUUAAAAAUGAGUAAUUUGACUACUUGAAAGACUAAGAACCUAAUUUUUUACUAAGAAAGUAAUUCCGUAAGCAUUGCAAUACCAAAAUUAAAUUGCACAAUCUUUAGUUGAAUUGGUACUUACGUAAAUUAAUUGUGUUUAUUAAUCAACAUAUUUUUAUAUAA